CCAAGUAGGACCCAAAAGUCUUGGCCAUUUGGGCAUGCGACAGAGACACGUGAACACCCACAACACCGUCGGAAGAUAAACAGCACAGAAAGGCGACGCGGCUGCCACUGGCUACUGCUACGACUUAGUAACGUUGACUACCCCUUUUCGGAGACGCAGCGUGGGACGGUAGAUGCAUUGGGGAGCGUGUUAACCCUCGCUUCGCGGGGACAGUCUGCAGGAGGCUCAUUAGAGCGUAUGAACCCACCUUGCCCAGCCACAAACGCCGCUUCGCGGCGCCCCGCCGGCGUUACAAGCCCCGCUGUCCCCCAUUGCACCUCCAAAAAAGGAGUCCCGUUGACUGCGAGCUGCAUGGACGGGGGACGUCAAAAUAACAAAGCUCCUAUUUUGACAUUUUACAAAUGUGACGUCAUAGAUGUCAAAACUUCUUUUUUUAGUCGGGGUGUGCAAAUAGUGGUUCCAAUCGAAUAGCGUAGCGUCAUCCCUGACUUCUGCACUGUUGAAUGAACCGGCCGUCUCGGCUUCCCUUGCACCAACUAGGUUAUGAAUGACGCAGCGCUAUUCGGUUCGAACGUACAACCCUAUCACCAGACUUCACGUUCUUAAAAAAGGCAAAUUAAAUAGCAAAGAAUCGCCUCGUCCACAUGGCGACCUAAUGGCGCAUGCGCAUAUAUUUCACCAGCCCCGUGGCACUCUGGGGCGAUCGUAGUUAGAGCAGUUUAUGAACAGCACUAUAGGGAGCGCUUUUUUUUUUCUGCGUUGUAGUUGCUGACCUGGAAGCGGUGUGGUCGUUAUUUUGCUCCAUCAACAGUUUAUCCCUUCAAAAGGAAUAAUGCGUGAAAUCGUACAUAUGCAGGUUGGCCAGUGCGGCAACCAGAUCGGAGCAAAGUUUUGGGAUGUGAUCUCCGACGAGCACGGCAUCGAUUCAACCGGCAGCUAUCACGGUGAUUCGAACCUCCAGCUGGAGAGAAUCAAUGUGUACUACAACGAGGCCUCCGGUGGCAGGUAUGUGCCGCGUGCUAUACUGGUCGACCUUGAGCCGGGAACCAUGGACACCGUACGGUCUGGACCCUUUGGCCAGCUUUUCAAGCCAGACAACUUUGUGUUUGGCCAGAGUGGUGCCGGCAGCAACUGGGCCAAGGGUCACUACACGGAGGGUGCGGAGCUGGUGGACUCGGUCCUGGACGUGGUGCGCAAGGAGGCAGAGGGCUGUGACUGCCUGCAGGGCUUCCAGAUGACCCACUCCUUGGGUGGUGGUACCGGCUCGGGCAUGGGCACCCUGCUCAUCUCCAAGAUCCGAGAGGAGUACCCGGACAGGAUCAUGAACACGUUCAGCGUGGUACCUUCCCCCAAGCUCCGUUGGCAAUCGGUUGGCUUAGGCUGGCCAACAUUGGCCUAUGUCAGCCAGAUGAAUGUUUUCACACCGAAUUUGGCACAGGCAGCUUUCUACAAGUAA